GUUUAAUUAAGCUUUCUUCCUGUAACAGUUAUAUUUAUUUUUACAACUACUACUAUUGCUAUUAUUAUUAUUGUUAUCUCUUCUAAUGCAUACAAUUUUAUAAAGAGUGCACAAAGCAAUUGACACAAACACAUAGAAUGGCUUCUUGCUGGUAUCGCUGCCUUGUUUGCUGACGUUGGACUGAGGGGAAGCCGCCUGUAGUCAGAGCACCAUGUGUCGCUGUGCUGGCUCUGUCACUGACGGGUCAAUCCUACUGAGUGAAAGUGACACAGGGAGGGGGGGGCAGCCCCACAGACCGCCUCACCCUCUUACCCCGUCCUGAAAGACACUCUCACGACACACACAGACAAGUGCCGGGCUAGCCGGCAGAGGGUAUGGGCAACUCGUCCCGGAAAGAGGCCCAAGACGAAGGAGAGGAAAAGGAGACGAAGGGAGAUAAAGGAGAGGAGGAAAAAACUGCUAAAAAAGGAGAAGUCGAGGUCAUGGAGGAUGAGGAGUUACCGUUCGGAGUCCACAAGCUCUUGGAGAGCGGAGAUCGAGUGUUGGACCUGAGCUACUACAAGUUCCGUCGCCUUCCUCGUCAAGUCCUGAACCUGGAGUACCUGGAGAAGCUUUACGUCUGUGGAAACCGCCUCCGCAACGUCCCUAAGGGUAUCAUGCGGCUGCAGGCUUUGCGUACCCUGGGGCUCGACUUCAAUAAGCUUGUUGAUGUUCCUCUGCCGGUGUGCCAGCUGACUAAUCUCACGUGUCUUUACCUGGGAAGCAACCGGCUGAUAAGCCUCCCACCAGAAGUGAGGAACCUGCAGAACUUGCGUUGCCUCUGGGUGGAGAGCAACUACUUCCAGCGAUUCCCCAAGCAGUUGUACGACCUUCCCAAUUUACGCUCACUGCAGAUUGGGGACAACCGUCUGCGCAUGCUUCCCUCUGACCUAUGGCGCAUGGAGUCCCUGAGAGGACUCUGGUUGUAUGGAAACCGCUUUCAGGAGUUUCCACGAGUGCUCCUAAAGAUGGAGCAGCUGGAGAUUCUGGACAUGGAUCGCAAUCGGAUAUCAGAGUUUCCAAACUUGCAUCAUCUAUCGGCGCUGCGACUCUUCUCCUAUGACCACAACCCUGUAAAGGAGCCACCACGUGUAAGGGAGGAGGUGCUUAUAGUCGGAGAGGGCGCUGAGGAGGUGUUGCAGGCUAGAGGGAGAAGGAAAGAGGCAAAAGAACAAGCAGAGAAGGACGCAGAGGACGCGGCGGUCGUGGCGGCAGCGGCAGCUAGUCCGGUCAUUCACGGAAUACUCAAGAAACUCCGAAUGAACUCCGCCCUUAACCUGGCAGCUGCUAAGGAGAAGGUAACAAAUGAGUCUGUUGCAUCAACAACCCCAACUGGGGAUGAAAACGGACCACAAAAUAAUGACAGAUGUGCAUUUUUUGAGGAGGCGGGGCUUGGUUAUGACGAUGGGCGUCUGGAGUAUGAAAGGGAGGAGCUAAUCAGUGAGGGGGAGGGGUAUGAAGGCGACGAGGGGGCGGAGUUCGAAUAUGAGAGGGCAGAAAUGGACUAUGAAUAUGAAGGUUAUGAGUGAACAACCUUGAUCCUUGCACCUGUGGGUCAUGGUAUUCUACUUAUUUUAUUCUGAAGUAUGUAUUUUCUGCAAACAGAGUUGCAGUUUGUUUUCGCAGCCAAUUGUUUUAACCAAUUUUUCAAUUCUUUGGUGUGGACGCUACAAAUUUCCACUUUAAGCAUCUGAGGUGUCACUGCAAGGGUUGCCGGUUCAAUCCCAAGGAUGAACUGGAGAGUACCAAUGAGGUAUUGGGUGCCCAAAAAUGGCACUUAAGUAACCCCAGGAUGCUUUAUGGGGCAAUGAAAGCAACUGCAAGUCGCUCUAAUUAAAAACAUUAAAAUUAAAUUAUGUCUGAUUGGAAAGUUGAAUGCAAGGUCAAGUUUAAAAAGAGCAGGUCAUAUGGUAUUUUAAAGUCUAAUAUUGUGUUGGAGUUCCCUACAACAGGUUUAAAUGCAUCUAAGGUCAGAAAACAUUGUAAUUUUCUCAAAAUAUACAUUUAAUAUUAGAGUAAAUGGUUCCAAAUGAUUAGUUCCUAGCAAGUUUGGAGCAAACCCCUCCCUUCCAUAAGCCUACUCUGCUCUGAUUGGUCAGCUGGCCAAACCUUUUGUGAUUGGCACAGAGAGGAGUCGAUGAGCCAGUUAGCCAGCGCUACCAUUGACAAAGUACCUUCACAUAAAACAAUAAUAUAGUGCUCCAAUCCGUUCUUAUAAUAAAGACAUAAUACAGAAACACUUAUGCAAGUGAAUCGUGCACACAGCUAAAGUUUAGCUGCUAAACUGUGAACACUUAAAACAAUAAUGGUGGGUACAUUAGCCAAGUGCUAAUCGCAAGUGCUAACACACCAAUAGUGUAAGUGUUUGUGGGCAGGUCAGAUUCUGUUUGUCUUUCGUGGGCCGGCGGAGAUUAUUCAAAUGUGAUACCCAGUGAGUAACAUGCAAAAGAUUUCGAAAAUAUUACGACUCGUUAAGCUGACUCUGAGUCGACUCUCUCUUUUGAGAGACAAUAUCUUUAUUUAUCACGCACAUUUUUGAUUAACAACUUUGCAGAUUGUUUUCAUUUAAAGAUAGCUAUGUUAUAAACUACAAAAGAGAUAUUUUUCAAAAACCUAUAUGACCUGCUCUUUAAAAACAAUACCCAAAAUGAAUUCUUUGCUAUCAUUUGCUCACUCUCAUAAAAUAUUUUCAUUUACAAUCUGCAUGAAGGAAAACAGGUUUGGAAUGACUUUAGAGUGAGUAAGCAAUGGCUCAGGAAACAUGAAAAUCUGUAACACAACUUAUUAAAUACAGCUUAAGUAUGAGUGACUGUUGCUAUUAUUAGAAGGCAUUUAUUGUUGGCCGGACUAUUACUGCAAUCCUCAAACACAGGACUCUCUUCAAUAAUUACAGGGUUUAAUGAUUUUAAGAUUUGUCAUUUGUAAAAAUCAACUGUGAAGACCUGUGAAACUGCACAACUUUUUUAUGCGUCACAACUACAUUACUAUGUGCUGUGUAUUUUUAAUUAAGAGCAGGGCUCAGGCAUUUUUGUUGGUGAGUGAUGUGUGUCUACUGUUUAUAAGAAACUUGAUGCUGCAAAUACAGCGAUGUGUGUUGUUGAAACCAAAUAUUAUCUUAUUAAAUAACCAAUGAGUUUGCCAAAUAUGUUUUAAUGAUUCAUGUCUUGUCGGACUCUGAGAAUCCUAAAUGUCUGGCUGUGGAACAACGCUGACAUGAUCCGAGACAGAUGGGAAUAGCUAGCCAAGUUAGCACUAAUAGAAGUAAAUGUUCUCUCUCGUCUGAAGCUUGAAGGACUCAAUGUGCGAAAGUCAGAGAGGAGGCGUGCGGACAGAAGAGAAACAUCAGGGAAAGAAUUGUAGUGAGGGUACAAUCCAUAAAAGGCCUGGGUACAUGUUUUGGGAGAAAGACUGAGAGAGAGCAGCACUUAAUGUGUAAAUUAUGAGGUCCCAGAGGAAAGACUGUAAUGGAUCCAGCAGGUUUGUGGGUUGGGUGAUGGUACAAAAAUGGAAAUAGUGUUUAACACCCAAUUAACACCGCAAGCGAGCCACACGACACAAUGCAAAGCAAACUAGAUCACACCUGCCAUAGUCAAAGAAGGUGUCUCCACUGCAAGAAGUUUAGACGACUUUAUUGAUUAUGAUGGGAAAUCUAGGAAAAGAUUUUCAGUGAAUCGCAAUUUGGCUUCAGACUUGCAAUAUAACACAAUCAUAUGGACCACUUUUCUGAUACUUUUAAGGUGCAUUUUUAUUUUUGUUACUUGAUGAAUACAAGUUAUUAUU